AUGCUGCAGUGGAAGUGUGAACACGGCCUAAGGCCUUACUCAGCGCUGCACCAAGAACGCUUCGCACACCGUUUCAACCUUGACUACUUCGAUGUUGACUACUCGAUUAAAUUCGACGAUGCUAACCGUGGUCUGACAACGGAUAUUUGCCUGGACGACGUCGAGUCGCGCUAUCUCCUAGCGGCGAACGCUGAUGGCAGCCUCUUGAUCUUCGACACGCAAGACCCUAGUGAAUCUGGCGAUGGCUCUGUCGUCUUCCCUGUGGUCGCCCGCAUGACCACCGUUCACCCCUCGGUUCUCCCGGCUAGACUUCAAGCCACUGGCGGUCUGAGUCCCUCCAGGUGCCUUCAGUGGAAUCCAGUCGACACUGGAAGCUUCAUCUCUGUCUCGUUCGACAAGACCCUCAAGAUUUGGGACACUAAUCGGUGUGAGUGUGUCGAAGCCAUAGAGACGCCUGAGGCGAUGCUCUGGGCGAGCGUGUCUCCGUGCGCCGUGGAGCACAACCUCAUCGCAGUCGCCCUCCACCAAUGCCAGGAACGUCAGGCCGUUCUCAUCGACCCCCUUCUCGGCGCGGUGUCGCUGAGUCUCCGCGGCGGCCACUCGCAGCCCGUCAUGACGCAAGUGGCUUGGUCGGCCAGGAACUCCUUCACCAUCAUCACCGCAGGGCGAGUUCAAGUUGACAAAUUGCGGGAGGAUGGCAGGAUUCUCUUUUGGGAUAUUCGUGUUCCGUUGAAACCAAUUGCUUCGCUGAACAACGCCUACACCGACGGUUCGCCGGCCUACUCCCCCAGUGUUUCUGAAUUUCACAAAAAUCCAUAA